AUGUUAUUACCCAACCAUAUAAAUGGUUAUGGAGGCCACAUAGGCAGGAAUUUCUCCCGGUCUCAAGAGAGCGAGAGAAGGGCUUCAUCUGUGAUAAAUAAACCUCAACAAAUGAGCAGAAGGGUCAUGCAAGAUCAAUUGUCCCAAACUCUGAGUCCCAGUAGGACCAAACAGAAAAAUUGAUCAAAUCCUUACAAUACAAGUUGCAUCCUGAAGAAGGGGAAGAUUGGUAAUAAAAUUGGGUCGAAUCAACGAUGAUUCCAGCCAGGUCCUGCUUCCAAGGCUCUUGAAGGACAAUAUCCAUAUAAAAAUCCUGGGAGCAAUGUGGGUCAUCCUCUCAGGAUCGCUGAUGAAGAACAUCACAUUCGGAAGCAAGACUUGAAAGAGCUCUCCAAAGUUUGGCUGACACAGCAGAUUAAAGAUAAUGCUCAGAUCAGAAGGUUAAAUAAAGGGGCUGAAACAGAAGCAAAUAGGUUUGAAAGAAAGAUAAAACAAGGCAAAGACCUCUCAAAGAGAGCCAGAAGGAAUGAUUAUCUGGCCACAACUCAUAACUCUUAUGAUGGCGUAAUACUACCUCAGAAUGGAGCGAGGAGAAAGGGUCUCCAGGAUUACUGGAAGGAUCCAGCUACUAAUUACUUUAAAAAGUAUGUAUUUGAUCAGCAAAAGCAUGAACUUAUUGAUCAUGAGGGAGGUAUGAACACACUUGACUGAGAAGACCAGCAAGAGGAAGGUACUUUAAUGUAUCCUUUGUGCAAUUCUCCCACUCGUAAAGAUUAUUACAGAGCUGUUAUGAAGAAUCAUAAGGAAGCUCUCCUUUCACAGAUAAAAGAUAAUUGUGAGGGUAGGAAACAAGAGAAGAGGUAUGAUCAAAUCCAAGGUUUCCAAGAAACUCCUAUUUCAGGUAUUUAUAAUAACGACCUUGAUCGAAUGCAAAAACAAUUUCAGAAAUAUUUGGAGAAGGAAAGAUCCCUUGAAAGUAGGAUUAAAGUUGAAGAUUUUACUGGAGAUCCUUUAAAAUAGCAGAAAUCAUUCAAGAAAAUCUGAGGCAUAUUAUACUCCCAGAGUACAGAUCACCAAUCUAAAUCAAAAUUCUUCAAUCCCAACCCAAUCCGACAUCAUCCUGAUUCAAAUAAUCUCCUUUCAAGUUCUCUAAUCUACAAAACCCCCCUUCUCAUUUCCAAAAAUAAUCCUCAAAACCAAAUUUCUCCCAAUAACCCUUAUAACAGCCAAAUUCCUCAAAAUAACAGACUCUUGCUUUCCCAGUCAGUAGACCAAGCAGCUGCCAACCCUGUUCCUAAUCCAAGAACAACUGUUAAAAGACUAAAGCCACUAAACCUUCAGGAUGCCCAAGCAAUGGCAGCUAGGGAAGCCAGAGUUGAGCAAGCUUCGCUAGAGCUGCCAAGUGUACAAUCUAGGAAUAUGAAUUAUAUCCUGCAUUUUCCUCAAUAAAUUUGGAAGUCCAC